AUGCCUAGCCUACUGCGCAGUAGUGACGAGUCCUUGAACGGGCAUGGCAGUCACGAUGGUCUGCCGGCCAACGGCAACGAUAACCACAACGGCCACCCAACGGAUCCAACGGACGGAAAUGGCCUCAACGGUAACGGCGACCACAACGGGCAAUUAACGAGUUCAAUGAACGGGAAUGGCGUCGACGGUAACGGCAGUCACAACGGCCAUCAACCGAGUUCAACGAACGGAGAUGGCGUGGACGGUAGUACACCUGUCACCAAGUUUGAGCCUGUUGCCAUUUGCGGUAUGGCUUGUCGACUGCCCGGUGGUAUCAAAUCCCCUCAAGGGCUCUGGGAGUUCUUGCUUGACAGACAGGAUGGUCUGUCUCGCGUACCUGGUGACCGGUAUAAUACAGAUGCUUGGUCAUCUAGAACUGGGAAGCCCGGAGCCACCCACUCGGACUAUGGCUAUUUCAUCAGUGACGAUCUGCUGGCGUUCGAUUCUACGUGUUUCAAUAUGUCGGUGAAGGAAUUGGAAAGGUGUGAUCCCAAUCAGCGACUUAUGCUUCUCACUGCCAGAGAGUGCGCGGACGACGCGGGAGAAGCCGACCUUAGGGGAAAGAGGGUAGGAGUCUACGUGGGUUGUUCGGUCCAAGGCUGGUCCGACAUGUACGAAAAGGAAGUCCAGAACUAUGGAACCUACCACAUCCUCGGCUUAGGCAACGUCGCCAUGUCCAACCGAGUCUCAUACGAGAUGGACCUGAAAGGACCCAGUAUGACCAUCGGAACGGCUUGUGCCUCUUCACUUUCAGCGCUCAAUGAAGCUUGCAAGGCCAUCGCUCAAGGCGACUGCGACAGCGCCAUCGUUGGUGGUGCAACUUUGAUUAUUGGCCCAGUGAUGGCCUUGCAAGUCGGCGAACAAGGAGCUCUCGCUGCGGAUGGUUCCUGUAAGACGUUUUCAGCUGACUCCGACGGCUACGGACGUGGCGAGGCUGUGAACGCCGUCUUUCUCAAACCCCUGAGCGCUGCCAUUCGCGAUGGCAACCCGGUGCGCGCAGUCAUUCGCGGUAUCGCUACGAACCAUAACGGCAGGACCGCAGGUAUUACAAUGCCUGACGUCAAGGCACAGGAAGCUUUGAUCAGACAGACAUACGAGAUUGCCGGGAUCAGCGAUCCUUCAGAGACCCCCUUUGUAGAGGAAUUUAGUGCCACGGUACUGGGACUCCAGUUGGUUGGCGAUCCCAUUGAAACGACGGCCAUUGGGUCCGCUAUUGGCGGCGAUGAGGGCACUUACAUUGGCUCCAUCAAGCCAAAUUUGGGUCAUUCUGAGGGCGCAUCGGGUCUUACAUCUUUGAUCAAGUCGGUCCUGUCGCUCGAAAACCAAACCAUUCCACCAAACAUCAAGUUCAACAGUCCCAACCCGAAGAUACCGUUCGCGAAAUACAAUCUUACAGUGCCCGUCGACCCCAUACCGUGGCCUGCGGGACGAAAAGAGCGCGUUAGUAUCAACAACUUCGGUAUUGGUGGCGUUAACGGACAUGUGGUCCUCGAAUCUGCUCGCUCAUUCAACGUUUCUCCGCAACUUGAAGAGGCUGGCUACAACCCGCAACUGCUUGCCUUUUCGGCCAGCUCUAGCGAAUCCUUGACCCGCAUGGCAGAUGACUACACCACAUAUCUUGCUAAAUAUCCUGAGCGCAUCGAAGACGUGGCCUAUACUCUCGCCAACAAGCGCGAGCACAAGAGUCACCGUGGCUUCAUUGUGGCCAGCCGUGAGAAGCCCGGGACUGCCUCCCCCCCAGUCAAGCCUGGCUCCCCGCCUAACAUUGUCAUGGUUUUUACUGGCCAAGGUGCCCAGUGGCCUCAAAUGGGAAGGGACUUGUUAAGAUCCAACAAGGUCUUCAAGGCCAGCAUCAAAGCGAUGGACGAUCAUCUCAAGAGCCUCGGAGCGACCAAGCCCAAAUGGACUAUUGAGGGCGGACUGAAGAAGCCAGCUAGGACCAGCCAGGUUGCACAGGCCGAGCUGUCCCAGCCCCUGUGUACAGCGAUCCAGGUCGCUCUUGUCGACUGCUUCAAAGCUGUUGGUAUUGAGCCGCGUGCAGUCGUAGGGCACUCUUCUGGUGAAAUUGCCGGCGCUUAUGCUGCGGGUGCCCUCUCAGCUCAGGAGGCUAUCGUCGCAGCGUUUCAUCGUGGUGCAGUCGCCAAGCAACAGAACAGGGCCGGGGCCAUGGCCGCAAUCGGAAUGAGUUGGAAAGAGGUGGACGAGUUUCUCGUGCCGAAUGUCGGUGUCGCCUGCGAGAACUCACCCAGGAGUGUGACUAUUUCCGGCGAUGCCGACAAGGUUGAGGAGGUGUUUAACAAGAUCUCCAAGGCGAAACCCGACGUACUGGCCAGACUCCUCAAGGUUGACAAGGCCUACCACUCUUAUCACAUGGCUGAGAUUGGCAACAUAUACUUUGAGCUUGUUGGCCCGAAUGUCCAUGGCAAAGCUCCUACGAAGCUGUUCUUCUCAUCCGUGGAGGCCAGACUUUUGAACAAAAACGAUCAACUAGGGGCCAAAUAUUGGCAGAAGAACCUCGAGUCUCCCGUACUCUUCAAGGAUGCCAUAUCCGAGAUCGCCCGUCACUCGAUAGGCGAGAACGCCGUAUUCUUGGAGAUUGGCCCGCACUCAGCCCUCGCUGGACCGCUCCGACAAAUCCUCUCGGAGCAUGACAAGACCUCUCCAUACAUUGCGUCCAUGAUGCGGGGUCAGAACUGCACGGAGGCAUUCCUGUCGGCCGUUGGAAGACUCUACGCUUUGCAGGUUCCUGUUGACUUCGCCGCUAUGUAUCCCACUGGCGUGACGCUUCCUGGCCUGCCGACCUAUCCCUGGAAUAACACCGGGCCCUACUGGCAUGAGACUCGUGUUAUGAAGGACUGGCGCCAGCGCCAAUUCAAACACCAUGAUCUCUUGGGUCUCAGAACACUCGAAUCAACCGACUUUGAGCCAGUCUGGCGCAACUUGUUUCACCUCGACAACGCUCCUUGGAUCAGAGACCAUAUCGUCAAUGGUGAUAUAGUCUUUCCCUUUGCCAAUUACAUCGCAAUGGCUGGCGAGGCUAUUAGACAGGUAACCGGUGUACAACAGGGCUUUCGACUUCGCGAUGUAAACGCUACAACGGCUCUAGUCGUCCACGAUACCACGCCUGUUGAGAUCGUCACCUCUCUCCGCCGCCGUGCCGGUUCACCUGAUAGCCAGUGGUGGGACUUCAACGUCACCUCUCACAACGGACAUGUGUGGGUUAAGCACUUCAGUGGCGAGGCUACCGCUCUAUCUGAGCCUCUCGGCCCCGCAAAGGGGGCCCCUCAGCUCCCGCGUACCAUUGCAACCCAGGAUUGGUACGAAACGCUCAGCAAAGCUGGCUUCUACUUCGGUCCCGCGUUCCGAUGCUUGGAUGCCGUGAAGACUUCCUCCAAGCGCCCUGGCCUGUCCACAGCGGAUGUCAGCAAUGCCGUAGCCGGCGAGGAGUCUAAUUACCACAUGCACCCUACAUGUGUCGACAACGCCUUCCAGAUGGUACCGAUUGCUUCACUGCUUGGACUCAACCGUAAGCUCGGCGUGAACAUCAUUACGAGCAUCAAAGACAUCAGCGUCACCCGAUGUCACACAGACGUUACUGCUAGCGCCACAGGCUCAAUGGCUGACAAUGGAUCCAUCAUCGGUUAUGCCGAGUUUGUGGCAAAUGGGCAGACUGUCUUGCGCAUGUCGAAAGCCGUCAUUACUGUUCUUGGAGAAUCCGGCACAAGCGCUACGCACAACGCUGCUCGACCUGUGUGGAGGCCUCACAUGGACUUCGCCGACCUCAAAUCUCUCCUCAAGCCAGUGCACAAUGAUGAUGUUGUUGCUGCUGCGCUUGACGAUCUGGCCACUCUGUCAAUGCUGCAUUCUCAUAGAAUCAUUUCCGAGCGCGAGCCUGCACAUGGCCAUUUGUGCAAGUUUCAAGCUUUGGUCAGCUCACAGGUCGACGCCAUGAAGCUCAGCUCUCCAACUUUCGAGAGCCUGGAGCAGACAGGCACGGAUACCCUCUUCGAGAUGAUCAAGUCCAAGGCCCAUGAACUCGCCAGCACCCCGGCGGCGGAGGUGGCUUUAGCCAUCUCAGAGGUUGCAGCGGCUGUCGAUGAUGUUUUCAGUGCCGAAAGGGAUGCCCUCGAUGUGCUCAACCAAGGCGGCAUGCUGGACAAGGUCCGGUCAUUCAUCAACGAUUUCGACAACAGUGCCUUCUUCCAGACACUCGCCCACAUGAAACCAAAUUUACGGGUUUUGGAAUUGGGCGCUGGGUCCGGCUCUUCGACCGGCAAGAACUUGCAAAUUCUCCAUGGACUCUACUCGAAAUAUACCUGCACCGAUGCUAUCAAUGGCCUGGUAUCGGAGGUAAAGGAGCGCUACAAGAACCAGGCGAACAUGGAAUUCAUUGCUCUCGACGUGAGCAAAGAUCUUGACUCCCAAGGUUUCUCCGAGGAUCGCCAAUACGAUCUCAUACUUGCUACCAACAUUCUUCACCAGGCGGAUAGCCUGUCCAAGAGCCUGGUCAACAUUCGCUCACUGCUGCACCCUCAGGGAAGAUUACUUCUCCAGGAGCUCGCUCCCGGAUCCAAAUGGAUCAACUAUGUCAUGGGCAUGCUUCCGUCCUGGUGGCGAGGGGCUACUGACGGUCAGAGCGACGAACCAUGCGUCGCAGCUGAGACUUGGGAGUCUGAACUUCGUGCUGCUGGGUUCGGCGCCGUCGACUCUGUCGUCCACCCCAUGGAUUCAACGCAGGUUUGCAACGUCAUAGUCGCGAGAGCAGAAGCUGCGAAGAUUCCCGAGAAGCAGAUCGCUCUGCUCACAUCUGACAUGAGCAUUGAUGUUGGCGAUAUGACCAAGAACCUUGUUGACAGAGGAUACAAUGUGUCUCGCAUCACCCUCGGCGAUGAGGUACCUGCAGGCAAGGAUAUCGUGGCCUUGUUGGAUCAAGGUUCCCCGUUCUUCAAGUCCAUGAAGCCCGAGAGCUACAAUGCUUUGAGGAAGUUCAUUCUCGGCCUAGGGGACUCUAGCCUCUUCUGGGUCACGCAACUCUCGGUCGGCAAGGUCGUCGAUCCGCACUACGCCGAGGUCAUUGGCUUCGCCCGUGUCAUGCGAACUGAACUCGACGUUGACUUUGCCGUGUGUCAGUCCGGGACGGAUUUCGCCGACGGGAGGGUCAUCGACGUUUUUGAGCAUUUUCAGAAGCGUGUAAUUGAUGAAAACUCCAGCCCUGAGAUGGAGUAUGUUAUCAUCGACGACGACGUCAAUGUGUCCCGCUACUACCCAUUCAGUCUUCCAGAUGAGCAGUUAAUCACCGAGGCGGACGACGAGGUCGUCCUGGCUACAGUCCAGCCAGGUCGCUUGAACGAAGAUUUGAACAAUGCUCUGGGUUCCAGCAGCCUUGACCAGGCCGCCCUUGGUCUCGAGGCCGCCGGCGUUGUCCGUCGCGUAGGACCUCGUGCCCAAAAGCUACAGAUUGGCGAUAGGGUUGUCGUCGUCGGGCAGGGCGGGUUUGCCACCUCUGUCACUCGGACAGAGCAACUUGCUGUGAAGAUCCCCGAUAAUCUCAGCUUCCAGGACGCGGCCACCAUGCCAAUCGCCUUCGUCACUGCUGUCCACUCGGUAAUGACAGUUGGUGGUCUUGAGAAGAGCCAAUUUAUCCUCAUUCACAAUGCUAGUAGCGAUGUGGGCAUUGCCGCCAUUCAGCUGGCACAGAUGCUUGGUGCUGAGGUCUUGGCUACCGUCAGGGACGAUGAAGAGGCCCAGUAUCUGGUUGACACUUUCGAAUUAGCUCGUGGUCGCAUCUUCAGCGCCCAUGAUGCCUCUUUCGCGGAGGGUGUUUUACGCGAGACCAAUGGAGACGGCGUCGACCUCGCCCUCAGCUCUGUCAUGGGCGACAUGCUCCACGAGACUUGGCGCUGUGUCGCCGAGUUUGGCAGGAUGGUAGAGAUCGGCCGCAGCAACGGUGCUGGCAAGCUUGACAUGGGUCUCUUUGCGCAGAAUCGAAGUUACUGCGCCGUUGAUGUGGAACAGAUUAUCGCCAAGAAACCUUCGAUCAUAGCCCGCCACCUGGAGUCGGUCAUGAGGCUUUACGGCUAUGGCUCCAUCGCGCCCAUUCAACCGGCCAAGGUAUUUCCAGCCUCGGAAGUACUUGAGGCUUUUGAUUGCUUGAAGAACGGUACCUGCAAGGGCAAGGUAGUGGUCGGUAUGGGACUCUCGGGUGAUCGAUCGGAUAUCAUCGCCACGGCUGCCAACCGCAAGAUCAUCACCUCAUUUGAUCGCAGGGCUUCUUAUAUCCUAGUUGGUGGCUUGGGUGGUAUUGGCCGACAAAUUGCCAUUUGGUUGGCUGAGAACGGGGCCGGGAAUCUCAUCUUCCUCUCCCGUAGCGCCGGAAAGGCUCCAGGUGAUCAGGACUUCAUCCGCGAGCUCGAGGCCAUGGGCGUCAGUGUCCAGGUCGUGCAAGGGAGCGUGACAUCGGCGGAAGAUGUUACAAAGGCUGUCAGCGAGGCAAGUCAUCCUGUCAAAGGUGUAUUGCAGAUGUCCAUGGUCCUUCGAGACCGGAGCUGGUCGGACAUGACUUACGACGACUGGCGUGCGGUUGCGGAACCCAAGAUCCAAGGGACUUGGAAUCUGCAUAACGCAACGGUCGCUGCCUCUUCACCGCUGGACUUCUUUAUCUUGUUCAGCUCCAUUUCCUCGGUUGCCCCGCCCCCUGGCCAGGCCAACUACGCUGCUGCAAACGGGUUCCUCGAUGCAUUCACGCGAUACCGCGCCGAACUUGGCCUGCCGGCAUCAACCCUCCAACUCGGUGUCGUGGAAGGCGUAGGUGUCAUGACACGGAACGAGGAAACUCUCCACAGCUACCUCAACAGGGGUUACGCCACCAUUCGAGUCAAUGAGAUUCUCGAUGCCAUGUCGAUCGCUGUACGACCUCCCCUGGCCAGGAUCCGGCAUGAGGCACGGGGUGAGGUGGACCCUUCCACCUUCAUUAUCGGUCUGGGCACCACGUCGCCCCUCUCGUCACCCAACAACCGCGUGCCGUGGCGCAGGGACCCCCGCAUGGCCGUCUACCACAAUACCAGUGGUGGCGGUGGCGAAUCCGGCAGCUCGGGCAACAGCAGCCUGAAGGCCUUCAUGGUCGCCGCGCGCAGCGACAAGGCCGCGCUACUGACGGACGAGGCCACCGCGCUGCUCGCCGGGGAGAUCGGCCGGAAGCUGCUGGCCAUGCUCGGCAGGCCGGCCGACGAGCUCAACACGUCGGUCGGGCUGUCCGACCUGGGCAUGGACUCCCUUGUUGGUAUCGAGAUGCGCAAGUGGUGGAAGGCGACGUUUGGGUUCGAGAUCAGCUUGUUGGAGAUGCUGGGGAUGGGCACGCUGGAGGUGCUGGGGAGGCAUGCUGCUGAGGGGCUUUGUCGUGCUUUGCAUGGGGAGUAG